AUCAUUGACAAAUGGUUACUCUGUCAGUGACUCUUUAUCUUUCUUCUGAGUUGCCAUUUUGCGAGCCAGGCUCGAAAAAAUGCCUACUCUACCGUCACCAGCAAAACUCAAAUCAUCUGCUCAGAACCUUCUGAGGAAACCACUGUGCAAAAUUCUGCUACUCACCAUUUUCUGCUCUUUCUCCUACUUCAUUGGCUCCUACACCAACUCCCCUUACUCCAGCAUUUCACAUUCUACAGCUCGUCUUGAAGAUACAAAUUGUGAUUUUCAGGUCAAGAAGUCCAGCCUCAACACAAGCCACAAAGGUGUUCAAGAAUCACUCAACUUUGAGCCAAAGCACGCGCUUGUUCUCCCACUGGAAGACACCCCAGAAAGCCAACAUCUGCCUUAUCCACCCUGCCCGAAGAAUUACACAAACUACUGUCCCUGUCAAGACCAUAAUAAGGAAAGGUUGUUUUCUGCUGAGAGAAGGUUUCACAAAGAGCGGCAUUGCCCGGAAAAAGGUGAAAAUUUGAGGUGUUUGGUGCCAAAGCCAGCGGGAUAUAAGAGGCCAUUUUCAUGGCCUAUGAGCAGAGAUUAUGCUUGGUUCAAGAAUGUGCCUUUUAAGAGCCUAAUAGAGUAUAAGAAGACCCAGAAUUGGGUAAGAUUAGAAGGUGCCAGGCUAUUUUUUCCGGGUGGAGGGACUUCUUUUCCCCAAGGAGUUAAGGGUUACAUUGAUCAAUUGAAACGUGUAGUGCCGCUCAACGCUGGUGCCAUAAGGACUGUGCUUGAUGUUGGAUGUGGGGUUGCAAGCUUUGGAGCCUCUCUAAUGGACUAUGACAUAUUGACAGUGUCAAUUGCUCCAAGAGAUGUACAUGAAGCUCAAGUGCAAUUUGCACUUGAAAGAGGUGUUCCAGCUCUUCUUGGAGUACUUAGCACAUAUAGGUUGCCGUUUCCAUCAAGAUGUUUUGAUAUGAUCCAUUGUUCUCGCUGCCUUGUUCAAUGGACAGACUAUGGUGGGCUAUAUCUCAUGGAAAUUGACCGACUAUUGCGUCCUGGUGGAUACUGGGUGUUGUCUGGACCACCUAUUGGUUGGAAAAUCAGCUACAAGGGUUGGGAAAGAAAGGCCAGUGAUCUUGAAAUGGAGCAAAAAAAAUUGGAAGAUCUUGCCAGAAGGUUGUGCUGGAAAAAGAUUCGAGAGAGUGGUCCAAUAGCAGUGUGGCAAAAGCCUACUAAUCACCUUCACUGUGCCUCAAAAUUAAAGACUUGGAAAGCACCUAAGUUCUGUGUUGAUGACUAUCCUGAUCAUGGCUGGUACAUGAAGAUGGAAGCGUGCAUUACUCCUCUUCCAAAGGUGGAACAUAUACGCCAUACAUCUGGAGGGUCCCUUGAGAAGUGGCCUAAAAGGUUAAAAACUGUUCCACCAAGGAUAAGAAGUGCUACAAUUGAAGGGAUUACAACAAAAACCUUCGAUGAGGAUAAUCAGCUCUGGAAAAGAAGGGUUUCGUACUAUGGGAGUGUUCUCAAAUAUCUGAAUCGUGGAAGAUAUAGGAAUAUCAUGGACAUGAACUCAGGCUUAGGAGGUUUUGCAGCUGCUCUUUCACAGUAUCCAGUUUGGGUCAUGAAUGUGGUUCCUUAUCAUGCAAAGAAUAACACACUUGGUAUUGUCUACGAACGUGGCUUAGUUGGAACCUACAUGAACUGGUGUGAGCCCUUCUCCACAUAUCCAAGAACUUAUGAUCUAAUACAUGCAGAUGGUUUGUUUAGCAUGUAUAUGGACAAGUGUGAAAUACUUGACAUUCUUUUUGAGAUGUAUAGGAUUCUUCGGCCAGAAGGGGCCAUUAUUAUAAGAGAUCAUGUUGACGUCAUUGUGAAGAUAACAAAAGUUACGGAUAGGAUGAAAUGGAACAGUAAGAUUUCACACAAUGAAAUCAGCUCUUUCCAUCCUGAGAAGAUAUUGUUUAUUGAUAACUCUCAACAAUAAUGUCUUGCUAAUUAUACUUCUUAUCUGUCUUAUUAUUCAUGCAAUAUCUUGAUGAAGUGAAGAAUAUCACAGCAUUAUCUUCUGUA